AUAUAGGAAAAUAAGGGUCAUCCACAACGAUGGCUACCCACUCCAGAGAUUCGAGUUAUGCGGCAACUCCGGCCACCCCUUUGUUGGGUGACGCCGCCGUGAGACGCCGGUGGUCGUCCACCAAAACCAUCUCCGUCUUGGUCGUGGGGAUGCUAGCCCUGGCAUUGCUGCUCGUGGCAGCGCCGGAUUACAAGAAUGCGAUCUUAAAUGACAAUAAGGUAGCUUCUUCCCUGCCCCACUCGUCACCGUCGACGACGGCGCGUGGUGUAUCCGACGGUGUCUCCGCCAAGUCAAAUGGCCAUCUAUUGCGGCAGGUUGCGUUUUCGUGGGACAACCAGAUGUUGGGUUGGCAAAGAAGUGCAUACCACUUUCAACCCCAAAAGAAUUGGAUGAAUGAUCCAAAUGGUCCACUGUUGUACAAGGGAUGGUACCAUCUUUUCUAUCAGUACAACCCGGAAGGCGCAAUAUGGGGCAACAUUGUGUGGGGCCACGCCGUGUCGAGGGACCUAAUCCACUGGCUCCACCUCCCCAUCGCCAUGACCUUCGACCACUGGUACGACAUCAACGGCGUCUGGACCGGCUCCGCCACCUUCCUCAACGACGGCCGCCUCGUCAUGCUCUACACCGGUUCCACCAACGAGUCAGUCCAGGUCCAGAACCUCGCCUACCCGGCCGACCCGGCCGACCCGCUCCUCCUCGAUUGGGUCAAGUACGAGGGCAACCCGGUCCUUGUCCCCCCGCCCGGAAUCGGGAGCAAGGAUUUCCGCGACCCCACCACCGCGUGGGCCACCCCGGAGGGGAAGUGGCGAAUCACCAUCGGGUCAAAGGUCAACAAAACCGGGAUCUCUCUGGUGUACGACACGGAGGACUUCAAGAGCUUCGAGCUGCUGGACGGGGCGCUCCAUGGGGUUCCGGGUACGGGUAUGUGGGAAUGCGUGGACUUCUACCCGGUGUCCAGAUUGGGGGAAAACGGGCUGGACACGUCGGACGACGGCCCCAGCGUGAAGCACGUGCUGAAGUCGAGCCUCGAUGAUGACCGGAAUGACUACUAUGCCCUCGGGACGUACGACGCGGUGGCCGGGAAAUGGACCCCGGACAAUCCGGCGAUCGACGUGGGGAUCGGGAUGAGGUACGAUUACGGGACGUUUUAUGCGUCGAAGACGUUUUAUGACCCGGAAACGAAGAGGAGAAUUCUGUGGGGUUGGAUUACUGAGACUGAUAGCGAAUCGUCUGACGUCCAGAAGGGUUGGGCAUCUCUUCAGUCCAUUCCAAGGACAGUUGUAUUCGAUGAAAAAACAGGGAAAAAUCUGAAGCUGUGGCCAGUACAAGAAGUGGAGAAGCUGAGAACACAGAAGAAUGAGUUUGCUAAGGUGGUGGUGAAGCCAGGGUCCAUAGUGCCACUAGAUGUGGGUCCAGCUAACCAGGUGGAUAUUGUGGCUGAAUUCGAAGUGGACAGAGACGCCUUGGAGAGAACAGAAGGGAACGCUGAAAGUUACAGUUGCAGCAGUCACGGCGGAGCCGCCGAACGCGGCGCAUUAGGGCCGUUUGGUUUGCUGGUUUUGACGGACAAUGAGUUGUCGGAGCAGACCCCCAUUUAUUUCUACAUAGCGAAAGACGUGAAUGGAAACCUAACAACGUUCUUUUGCGCCGACCACUUAAAGUCCUCUCGAGCUACCGAUGUGCUCAAGCCCAUUCAUGGAAGUCAUGUGACAUGGUUGAAUGCUGAAAAGCUUACAAUGAGAAUACUGGUGGACCAUUCAAUAGUGGAAAGUUUUGCUCAAGGAGGGAGGAGUUGCAUAACAUCAAGAGUUUACCCAACCAAGGCGAUAUAUGAUAACGCCAAACUCUUCCUCUUCAACAACGCUACAACCUCCUCUGUUACAGCGUCUGUUAACGUUUGGCAAAUGAACUCUGCCCACUCCCACUCAUCAUCUCUUUGAAAGAGUUUGAUCAACUUUUUUUGUAUCCUUUCUUUUUGUGUUAAUCAAUGAUGUUCUAUGUUUCAUAUAUGUAUGUAUAUGUAAUCAAUUCUCUUUCUUUUCACCCAAUAUAAUAUAGUUUGUACGUGCAAUCUAAUAAUUAAGUGAUUUAAAAAGUUUUUUAAAAAUGAG